AACGAGAGCAGGGCGACCUCGGACUUGCUGGACUUCUACCGCAAGAGCUACGAGAACAUAGACCAGACGCUCAGCAGGUUCGAGGUCGCGCGACGACGGGCAGCGGCUCUUGGAGGAUUUCAGAUGGGACCACAGGGCUACGCGUGGAUGUUGAUGACUGCCCUGGGCUGUAGCCCUGCGGAGUGGAAUGAGUUGCUGGUCCACUUCAGAGGUCACUUGCCGAGGACAGAGCAGCAAUUCGCCGAGCGAGUUGAAUGCAUUCGACGGUACGGGCACGUUCUGGAGAAGGGGCCGAUGUCGGUGAAUCGAAGCAGCAAGGGCAGAGGCCAUGGCCAGUUUUUUUUUCCGACGUUCAACUUCGGUGGCGGCGACGGACAUCAAGAUGAUCAAGCAGAUGGCUACACUGGCGGAGGCAUGGCAGCAUCGCGGGCCCCUUCGGCUCCCUGGGCGCCUACCGCGGCAGCGCCGCUGGCGCCAGAUCCGUGGCGGGCCUACUACGGCAACGAGUGCGAGGAGAACGACACGGACACCGACGAUGACGACGGAGAGGACCUGGGCGGCUCGGACUUCCCUGGACAGAUCGGCCAUGACGACGCGGCCAUCCAGCAGUGCCUCUACCAGAACUAU